CUGGCGCCUUGGCGGUUCCGACCAAAGGCGGCGCGGAAUCUGUAAACUGCCGGUGGCCCUGACGGUCUCCUGGACGGAGUAGUGUUACCCUGCCCCAUGGACGCCUCCUCUGGCCCGUGGAAUCCAGCCCCAGCUUCCAUCAGCAGCCCUCCCUUGCUGCUCCCCAUCCCGGCUAUCGUCUUCAUCGCUGUGGGCGUGUAUUUGUUGCUGCUGGGCCUAGUGCUGCUGACUAGACACUGCCUGCUGGCUCAGGGCUGCUGCACAGACUGCAGCUCCCCUUGCAGGAAACACACUGCCUCAGAGACCCAAGACUGUUGCUGGAGCUGCGCGGAAGCCUGUGACUUCCCCCUGCCUGGUCCAGCCCACUACCUGGAUGCCUGCUGCCCUCAUCCCAGCGAAGCUGGUUGGGCCCCUCGAUGCCCACCAUGCUGCCCAUUGUGUGACUGUGCCUGUGCCUGCCAGCUUCCGGACUGCCAGAGCCUCAACUGCCUCUGUUUCGAGAUCAAGCUCAGAUGAAGGAUGGGGAUGGGGGGCUUGUUCUUUGGGGAGUGGCCAGCCCCUAGGGCCCCCUUUGUAAUGGCCCUCAGGACACCACCUCCAGGCCGCUGGAACUACAGCUGGCAGGCCCAGCCUAAAUCCCCUCCGGAGCCUUGAAUGGAGGGUCUGGUUCCCUGCAGGACAGGGUUCUGAGAGCCCUUGGACAGCUGCAUUUCAGCUCCUUUGGAGGGCCUGAAAGAAAAGGGGCUGGUGUUCUGGCCAGUGCCCCUACCCCUCGCCCCCUCCGUCUCCCCCCUCUACCAUAUUUGUGAAGGUGAGGAUGCAGGACAUUGCUCACCCAGGCAACAAUAUGGGAAGGCUCUGCCAACCUGGAAUAUCAAGAUGUAGGGACAGCUAGCUACACCCUGCCUGUAGACACCCGGUUAUUUUAAGAGAUCCCAGACCCGAGAGUGAUUUCUCUUGACCACUGUAUUUUCAAGGAAGAGAUUCCUCUAAAGACCGGUGAGU